AUGCAUGAGCCUAGAGCUCCCUGGUUUGCAAGCCAAGAUUACAAGCCUGUUAUAGUUUCAAAUAGGGACCCACUUUUGUCACUCGCUUUUGAUCCGGGCGCUGAUGAUUUAAACGAGGGAGCUCUAUUUGCUAGCAAAGAAAUACUUAUCUCUGUUGUCAAAAAGGCAUAUGUAAAAACAGAUCAGAACUUCCUCGUGGAGAAAAGCACCACGUUCGUCUACAAAGUAAAGUUUGUGGUUCGGGACUGUAACUGGAAGCUAAGGGCGGUGAAAAAGAAGACCCACGGGCUUUUUCAUAUAACAAAUUGUCCAGAGCAGCACACAUGCCUCCUAGAUAGGCCGACGCAGGACCACCGCAAGAUUUCCGCAAAAAUGAUUGGAUGUUUGGUUGCUCCCUACGUGGCCCAAACCCCUCAGUUGAAGGUGAGUAACGUCAUAACAAUGGUUAAUGAUGAAUACCAACAUUUGAUCAGUUACAUGAAAGCAUGGAGGGGGGAGAUGGCCGGCAUGGAGAGCACUUAUGGUAACUGGCGAACAACCUAUAACGAGAUCCCUUGGUUCCUUAACGUCAUGGCAAGUACAAAUUCAGGAUGCGUGGUUGUGGUUAACGUGGUUCCACAUCACACUGACAGGGGUACAUCAACAUUUGUUCGGGCAUUUUGGUGCUUGAAAGCAAUGAUUGAUGGUUGGCAGUAUGCACGGCCAGUUAUUUUCAUUGAUGGUAUAUUCCUUAAGGGAAAGUAUAAUGGGAAAUUGCUGCAUAUAUGCCGAGAUAGACGUGGCGUUUGCAUUAUUUCUGACCGUGCCACGGGGAUCCUCGCUGCAAUAAAUGACGAACGCAAUGGUUUCACCCCGCCUCUGGGCGUUCACAGAUUCUGCCUCCAUCAUGUUAGGAGCAACUUCUCCAAGAAAUACCCAGGAAUGGAGCUUAAGAUGUACAUGUGGCUCGCCGGCAGUACGCCACAGAUCAGAAAACAUAAGGCCUACAUGAAAAAGAUUGGGGAGAUUUCUGAAAAAGCGUGUAGGUGGCUGAGGGCGAUAAAUCCUGCCCUCUGGACAAUUUCUCAUGACACAGGCCACGCUCAUUAUGGCCAGGCCACCACAAACAUCACAGAGAGCUUUAAUGGCAACGUGCGUGUGGCUCGCUUUCUACCAGUGUCCGCGAUGCUUGAAUUCCUGUUUUAUAAAACUGUUAGGACGGUCAACAAGGAGAGGAACGCAGUGCAGGAGAGCAUGAGCGAAGGUCACGAACUUUGUCUUAGGACGAGAAAUAAGUUGGAGAAGAUUUCAGCCAAGGCGAACGGGCACCGGGUGGAAACGUUUAACCGAGGAACGGCUUGUUCUCCAUUAAGACACAAAGGUACAGUGUGA